AGGGAACGGGCAGCUCUCGAGCCCGCUCGCCCGCCCACCCGCGCGCCACUCCACUCCGGCAGCGGCGCGUGAGGCUGAUGCCAGCCAAACUGACGAGGGAGGACAAACCUGCGCGAGGCAAGAGAGAGAGAGGAGGCGUUUCACGACACGAGCCGCGAGCUCCUUUCUGAAAUUUUCCGCCAGGCCGGUCCCGGAAACCUUCGGAGACAACCAGGACUCGGAAAUCUUCGGGAAUCUCCGCCGUGUGUGCCCGAGACUCUGCAGCUCUCCUAUCAGAGUGGAAGUGGCUGUGUCCUGUGAUUGACCGGUGACCUGGUUUGUUAUCCAGGCAAGCAGAAAUCGUGCUGCAGUCACAACAUUAUCGAGAGAAAUGAAUUCCCCCUCAGAUCUUUUUGAUGACUCGUCCCAGCCAGUUCGAGCUUUUGCUCCCGCUCUCGCCUCGGCAGAUCAUGGAGUUCAUCCUCAACCCGGCGUCGGUCGCUCCACUCAUGCUUUUCGACCUCCUGGCUUCCCUCUUAUUCACCACCUCCUUCAGCCAGGAGGCCCUAGAAGAAUCCUCUCUGUAAACCGACAGCAGGAAGAAGAUGGAGUCACAGUCAGACGAGUUGAUGAGGACAUAGAUGGAGGGGAGGAAAGGCCGGUGGAGGGAGGAAAAGACAACUUGUUGCAGGUUAAGAAGAGGCACGGGGCCGACUGGAGCGAAGACGCUCUGAAAAUGAAGAGGAUGAAGCUGAGAGACGGGGAGGUGGAGGAGAGGGAUAAGAGGCGUGAAGGAGGACGUGAUGGAAAGAGGAGAGAGAAAGAGGAGCUGAAGGAACAGCUGGAAGAGGCGAAAGAAAGACUGCAGCUCCUGCAGGAGAGAGUGUGGAAGGCCUUUGGAGAAAAGCACAGAGAAGAAGAGGAGGAGAAGAAAGCAAAGCAGAGAAACGACAACAGCCGAGAGGGCGAUGGAGGAGAAGGAGACGAGGAGAUGACAGAGGAGGACGAGGAGGAUAUUACAGGAGGGAUGUAUGAUGAAGAGGACAUUGAUGGUGGACAGAUGGAAAAGGAGACCUUCUCCCUUUUAGCUGCCUCCACGUUUGAGGACUUCCACAAGCGGAAAGAAGACAGAGAACUGAGGAUGGAGAGAGGGAGAGCAAGCAGGUUGGAGGGUGAAAUGGAGGGGUCGGGGAUGUGGAUGGACUGCAGGGAACUGCUGAGAGGAGACUGGAAUGGUGGGAUGGAAGAUGAGGGAGAGGAAGGAGGUCAGAAGUUUGCUCAGGCACUGAAGCUGGAGCUGGGGAGCGCCGUGGCGCGCGUCAUCGAUCGAGUUCUGCGCCUUUACACAGAGAUGACGGAUCACGCUCUUUCCUCUCCUCCUGCCAGCAUCUCCUUUCACCAACCGGAUUCUGGACUUGAUGGCAGCAAUGACGGGGGGGCGUGGGUGGGGCUUUUAACCAGAGGGAGGCAGGAGGAAGUGCCAGGCGGGAAGGGCGAUGCAACGGCAGGACAUGACGGAGAGAAGCAGCUUCAGAAGUUGAGCCUUCCUCCCGGACCGCCCCUGCGCUCCGAGCCAGAUCAAUCGAUGCCCUUGGCCGUUCACAGGUCACCUGACACACGAAAGCCACACCCUCUUCUCGGACCGCCGCUCUCGACUCACCUCCACCCGCCUCAACCAAACCUGUCCUUGCAUCACCCGCCGUUACCCCGUCCCUCUGCUCUCCCUCCGCUUAUCCCCUCGGUACCCCAACCCAAGGACCCUUCCUCCUCCUUCCACACGCCUUCAUCCUCCUCCUCUUCUUCCUCCUCUUUCCCUGCCCCUCCACCUCCUCCACCCCCGCCUCUCCCCCUCCCUUUGCUCCACUACUCCAUGCAGCAGCUCUUUUCCCGCUCGCUCCCCCACCCUCAGCUGCACCACCUCCCUCCGUCACGUAAGGACUAUUUGAGCCCCGACUCCUUCCUGGAGUUCUCCUCUCCCCCGGCCUUCCCCCCACUCUCAUUGCUCAGCCACUUGGACCCCUUGCUGGUGCGUCACGGAGGUCGAGAGAGGGAAAGGGGGGUGAGGGGGGAUGGAGGUGUGAGAGGGGGAGGAGUAGUGGACGGAGGAGAGCUCUAUUUGACCGGCGGGGGGUCCCAGGAGGGUUUGUCUCCCUGUCAUCUGAAGAAGGCCAAGCUCAUGUUCUUCUACACACGCUACCCGAGCUCCAACACACUCAAGACCUACUUCCCAGACGUGAAGUUUAACCGCUGCGUCACAUCCCAGAUGAUCAAGUGGUUCAGCAACUUCAGGGAGUUCUUCUACAUCCAGAUGGAGCGUUUCGCUCGCCAGGCGGUCCGCGAGGCCCUCACGCGGGAAGGUGCAUCGCGUUUGGGGAGAGACAGUCAGCUGCGAGUGGGCCGAGAGACUGAGCUGUACCGCAUACUGAACAUGCACUACAACAAAAGUAACGUCUACCAGGUUCCUGAGCGGUUUCUGGAGGUGUCUGAAGUGGCCCUGAGAGAAUUCUACUCAGCUAUUUGGACUGGGAGGGACAGCGACCCCUGCUGGAAGAAGGGAAUCUACAAAAUCAUUUGUAAACUGGAUAGUCCACUUCCUGAAGCUUUCAGGAUGCCUGGUUGUCCAGUGGGCUGAGGGCUAAACUGCAUUCAUUCCAUAUACACAACUAAAAAUGCAUGCUAAAUUAUAAAUAUUGUAUGAGGUAGCCUUGUUUUACAACUCAGUUAAAGGGGCAGAAAGGGGUAUUCAUGGAGCAAAUUUCCUUGACAUUGUGUAGACGGAGGCUGACAUUCUGAAACUGGACACACUAAGCAGUCUGAUAGGAGUCUUGUGACCGCACUUAUCGAAGACGUGCCCAUGCCACUAAAAAAGAAAAGCUGGAAUUUCGUUUUUAAAACAUUCCUGAGCAGCCAUUGGACUUGUGAAAUGGCGGGUUUGAUAAAACUGUCCCGAAUGGAGAACCCGGUCAAUACGUUUUACUGCUAAUCAUGAGCAUUUUUUUUAGAUGUGAUGUGGAAUUUUGUAGAUGUUGCUUUCUCCCCCAAAUGAUGUAUAUCUAGACGAAAAAUGUUCGACAUAUUCCCAAGUAUUCAGUUUAACUAUUGUACUUCAAAAAGUGAUGUUUGAAUCCCCCUGUGGUUCUAAAAAAGAAAUUACAUUUUUACCAAAACAUAGCCGUAAAACUGCUGUGUGACGUUCAACAAUCUGCCAGAGGUGUCCAUCAAAUGUUAGACCCUGAUUUGCUGCUGCAAGGUGAAUCUCAUUGCUGCUGUGGUGUGGGCUUGUUUUUCUGCAGCACAACACUUUUGUUUUCAUUCAAAAUGUGGAGCGUGAAUCAAAGCACAGAAGGUUUUUGUGCCUGUAUAUUUCACUCUUCAGGACUCUUCUUUUUCCUUUUUCAUGUGAAUAAAUGAUGAAUUCGUGUAACUUCGAGCAGAAAACACCAUGCUGAAAAGGACUGAUUUGGUGUUUACCUUUAUGAACUCCUAUGGUUGACAUAUUCAUUCAAAGACCCACUCUGAUGAAAAUGGUGUUUUUUAACACGUUUUUGUGACAUUUUUCUGACGAUAGAGGACAUAUUUUAAGAAAAUUAAGCUUCAAAUUGUUUUUCUGACUAUGUCUUUUUCAAAUCGUGAAUCAGGUUGGGAAAAAAAAUGCAGCUUGAAAAGGAGCGCCUUAUUUACGUAGAAAAUACGCACAAAAGUGAUGGGGAAGGGGGAUGGGGUUGUUCCACCACAACAGUCCCACAUUUCAGAGGUGAAGUUCUAAUAAACUCCUGCCGCUCUGCAGAAACUAUGUCCUAGAAAAGGACAUGGGUUAUUUGAUUUUCCCUUAAAAAUAAAAAAAACUUCAUAAGUCAUAAUUCAGAAACACUAUGAAAAUAGAUCACAAGAUGAUAGGAGGGAAUCUUUACAGAUGAUGUGUUGUUUUUAUGUGACUUCUUUGGAUAGAAACCUUCACGAGUGUAUAUCAUAUUUCCUGAGGGUUUUUAGUAAAUUGCUCUAUAUCAUGAUUCUUAUCUAAUGCAAAGUUGUGAAAGAAUUUGUGACGUGAAUUCAUGUGCAUGUUUCUAAGCUUUGGCUGAUGUUUUCUCCUUUGCAUCUUUAUUUUACAGCCUACCUAUUGCUUUGUUUGUUAGUAGAUUUGCUCCUUGUUCAAUCUUUACUGAAUGUUUGAAUUUAGCAGCCUAUUAAAGUGUUAGCAGACUUGUGUCAUGACAUCUGAAAAUUGCAGGUUCAAUAAUUACAAGCUGUUUUUAAUGAAGGGGACUCACACUCAUGCAGCCAAUAAUGGAGACGCUCUGCCUUUAGCUUUGUUCCAAGUAGCAGCCAGUAACAGUUUAUUGGCUCUGUGAGCUGAAAACAGCUAAUUCUGCCACAGUGGAUGUGGUUGAAUAAAAAAAAAAAAAUGCAUGCAUGCUCUGCAUUCCUUUAAAGCGACUGCCUGAACAGGGAGCACUCUGUUUACUUUGGCAUUUCUCAUGAAAUAAAGCAGCACAUUCAGAUAAAUACAAAUA